CCCAUGUUUUAUACAGUGUUGGAAAUUGGCAUGUCAUAUGUCAUUCAUUAUUUGUUUUGUUGAUGAUCGACUAAACAUUCAUAAUAAGAAGGCUGUUUGCUCUGGGUGUCUCCCAACUUAUGCAGUGCUGCAGAAUAGGAAGAGAUGUGGACUGUCCUGAGACGUGUGGCUGGUGUGCAGUGAGCAGCGAGACAUCAUUGCAUGUUUUUGUCGAGUGCAGCUUUGCGGGAGAUGUGUGGAAGCAAGUGAACUGAGGUGUGUCAGGUGCUACUGCUUCUUCUUUCCAAGGGUGGGUUCAAGAGGUGUUUCAAACGAGGAGCUUGGAGGAGCCCCGCUUAGUAAUAUUAUAGGUUGCUGGGGAAUUUGGUGAGCUCGAAAUGACCGUGUUUGAAGAGGCGUUCAGGAGCACGUGGAGCAAAUUUUAGACAGGGCAAUGUUGUUUUGGCAGGACCGGAAACAAGCUAAAAACCCCUCUGUUUUGUUGCACAAAAAUUGCAACAGUCAAGGAGCUAUUACACGAGUGGGUUCUACCAUUUGGAAGCCCUCAUCUUUGGGUAUUUUCAAGCUAAAUACGAAUGUGUCUACUGGAGGGGUGAGGCGGGAUUUUGGCUGGGUGUUUCCGGAGUCUGUGGGUGCAUUUGUUGCUGGGGUAGUGAAGCCGUGGGAAGGGUUUUGUUCAGCACAGGAAGGUGAGUUAUUAUGCAUUCGAGAGACUCUGUCUUGGGUUUUUAUGCAUGGGUGUACUACAAUAUAAGUGGAAUCUGACGCACUUCAAGCUAUCUAUGAGAUUUGGAAGGGAAAAAGCCAAACGGCUUUUGUUCUUCUAGCAGGUGAUGUUAGAGAAACAGGGGCUAAUUUUAUUCAUAUUAGCUUUUCUCAUAUUAGACAAUCUGCGAAUAGUAUUGCUCCAUGAGUUAGCUUUUCUCAUAUUAACCGGUUCUUUGUCUAAUUGCCGGGCUUGGUUUCAUUCUCCUCAUGUAUCUC